UUUUGCUAUACUACAGUCGACAGAACAGUGCUGUUGAGAUAGGUGUUUGUUAAAUUGAAUUAAUUGUCAAACGUAUAAUAACUCUUUAGAAAUAUAAACGCAUUAGAAAAAUUGAAAAUAAGACAGUCAUUUUUGUCGAAACAAAAUGUUUCGUAGUCAACUUGUGUUUGAUAAACUGUUAGAUAAAGCAACAAGUAAUUUACUACUUGAACCUGACUGGUCUCCAAUUAUCAAAAUUUGUGAUUUAAUACGCCAAGGAGAUGUGCAACCAAAAGCAGCACUUGCAUCUAUAAAGAAAAGAAUGACACAUAAUAAUCCACAUGUAGCUUUAUAUGCUUUGUUGGUAUUGGAAUCUUGUGUUAAAAAUUGUGGUACACUGAUACACGAUGAAAUUGGUACAAAACAAUACAUGGAGCAGCUGAAAGAGCUAGUUAAAACAACGACCAAUGAAAACGUUAAACUUAAAACUUUGGAAUUGAUUCAAGCCUGGGCACAUGCUUUCCGAAAUUGUCCCAAAUACAGAGCAGUACAAGAUACACUCAAUAUCAUGAAAGCUGAAGGGCACAAAUUUCCUGCUUUGAAAGAAAGCGAUGCCAUGUUUGUUGCUGAUAUUGCUCCAGCAUGGGUAGAUGGUGAUGUUUGUCAUAGAUGUCGGGUUUCAUUUGGCGUGAUGCAGAGAAAACAUCACUGUCGAGCUUGUGGGCAAGUGUUUUGUGGUCAGUGUUCUAGUAAGACGAGUACUUUGCCCAAGUUUGGAUUUGAAAAGGAAGUUCGAGUUUGUGAAGCUUGUUAUGAGCAUGUUAAUAAACCAUCUACUGCACAGAUUAAAGAAGCGGAUCUGCCUGCUGAAUAUCUUAAUAGUUCUUUAGCCCAACAACAACAAGUCCCGCCUAGGAAAACGGCAGCAGAACUUCAAGAAGAAGAGGAACUUAAUCUAGCUAUAGCUUUAAGUCAAAGUGAAGCUGAACAUAAAGAAAAAGAAAAGAAACGGGCAACUAGUGCUUUAAAAUCAAAUACUGGAACAAUAUCGAGGACAACGUAUUCCCCGCCACCAUCACCCGGCCCUAGUCCGUCAAAGUUGCAGGAAGAGGAAGAAGUUGAACCCGAACUCGCAAAAUAUUUGAAUCGUAAAUAUUGGGAACAGAGACAAACGGCAAUAGAAGAACAUGGUUCGAGGGCAGAUGUUACCAGUCCUUCUGCACCUAAUAUAAGUAGUCCAAUGCCUCAGAAAGUUGUAAUCGCGAAACAACAAAAUGGAGAAGUCGAUAAUCAAAUGGAAGAAUUUGUUAACGCUUUGCGUUCCCAAGUUGAAAUUUUUGUUAACAGAAUGAAGAGUAAUUCGUCGAGAGGUAGAUCGAUUGCUAACGAUAGUUCGGUGCAAACCUUAUUUUUGAAUAUCACUGCUAUGCACUCGAGAUUGUUGAGAUACAUUCAAGAACAAGAUGAUAGUAGAGUAUAUUACGAGGGUCUUCAGGAUAAAUUAACACAAAUGAAAGAUGCUAGAGCCGCGUUAGAUGCGUUGCGAGAAGAACAUAGAGAAAAAUUACGAAGACAAGCUGAAGAAGCUGAAAGGCAAAGGCAGAUGUUGAUGGCCCAGAAGUUGGCUAUUAUGAGAAAGAAAAAACAAGAAUAUCUACAAUAUCAACGUCAGCUUGCUUUACAGAAAAUUCAAGAACAAGAAAGAGAAAUGCAGAUGAGACAAGAACAACAAAAGCAACAGUAUAUGAUGGGUUAUCAAGCUGUUUCCGGUUUUAUUGGACCAUCUCAAGGUUCACCUGUUCGUCACGUUCAGUAUCAAACGCCUGGCUCCAACUAUAAUCCUAUGUCUCCAACAAACCAAGGAUAUAUGUAUGGACAACCUCCGAUGAAACAAUAUCCGUUACAGAAUUACAAUAUGCCUCCAAUGAAUACCAUGCUACCGCAUGUAAUGGGACCGAUGACGAAUCAAGAGCAGCAACCAACAGAUCCGUCUAUUCAAGGACAUGAAGCUAUGGGUCGGGUUUCUGUUUCCGGACCUGGAAUGAUAUCUCAAAUGACAAAUCCCAUACCACAACUUCAGCAGGCAGGUGGACAUCAGAUGGGGCCGCCACCACCACAACAAGGUCCCACAAGUCAUAUAACACAAUCACAGCCUGCGCCAGGUCAUAUGCCACCGCAACAGGGUGCUCCUCCGCAAAUUGCGCAACCAGGACCACCCAAUCAAGUAGGUAUGCCCCAGGUACCUCAAAGUCACAUGGGCCCAUCAUCUACACAAAUCGGACCUGGUGCGCAUGGCCCUCCGGGUCAAGUUGUUGGCCUUCCACCACAGAUGGGACCACAACAACCAUCUACGUUGCCUGGCCCUCAAGGACCUUCGAUACAGCCUCAUGUUUCGAAUACUCCUAUUUCGUCCCAGGGAUCUUCUUCUAUUCAGGUACCUCCAGGAACUACAGCUGCGCCGAUUAUGACAUCGAAUCCGACGAUACAAGGUCCCCAAGGGUCUACUGUACCCACGUUACAAGGUAUGAGUCAAGUACCGAUAACUCAAGGGCAACCGUUACAAUUCCAAUCAUCAACUCCUCUGCCACCAGCAUCAAAUGAAACUGUACCGGUGAAAGAAGACACGAAGCCGGAAACAGCAGAGCUGAUUUCCUUUGAUUGAAAAACCCAUACAUGCGUAAAUAACUGAUAACGAGAAAUGCAUUUAAGAAAUUGCCAACAGUAUAUACAGAAAUUAAAUACAAGAUUUUGUUGCAUAAUUGUAAAGUAUAUCAUAUCUAAUGAGAGGUUGUUUGUAACAUUUAAAUAGAACAAACAAACUUCCGAUAUAUGUAUCUAGAUAAAAUGUAUGUACAAAAUACUUAUAUGUUACAUAGCAUAAAAGAACUGAAAAAAAUUAGUUUCAUCUUAUACCUAACCUUUUACUGGAUAUACAAUAGCUUGUUUUUUUUUUUACAAAAUUUAUUUUUAAAAUAUGUCCCUCUAUUAAAAUAAAAUAUUGCAAA